AUGUCCACCAUACCAAUCUAUGUUGCCAUUCUACCCGGCGAAGGCGCCUUCAACCAUUGGGGUCUCUUCAUAGACGGCACCACCGAUCAGGACAAGGCCCUUCUCCAAGUCAAGGGUUCCGAUGGCCAAUUCAAGUACGAGCCAGAGACAAGAGAUGCCCGGCAAUCAGAGGGUCUGAUUGAACUAUUCUACCUAUGCCAUGUGGGUGUCAUCAAAGUCGAAGAAAUUAAAGCUGCGGCAGACCAAGCUACCAUUUACAACGAUAUUCCGGGCUGGAACUGCCAAGACUAUGUAAUUGAUUUACUGGAGGAAUUGCAAGAGAAGGCGAUUAUGGGUAAUCAGAAUCAAGAUUUUGAGAAGCAGAUGGUGCUGCUUCGUGGGAAGCAGGAGGGUUUGGCUUGA